CGAGUCCUCUGCCCUGGCUGUCCAAUGACAUUCGAACAAUUUUCUAUUCUAAUUUUGCAUGCAGUUGUGGACUAUGAGCCGCGACUUUCAUUUUUAGCAUGCAUAACAUUCUAGUAGUAGUUUAAAAAAAAUGCAGUGUUAUAUUUUAAUCAAAACUUUUGCAGCAAGAUUUUUGAAAGAAUUCCAAUAAUUAUGUAACACUUUCUUACGUGGGCUUGUCAAAGAUAACUGAACUAUGGCCCUCAAGUGGCUACCAGAAGCACUGAGCUCAAGUGUAAAAUGAAUUUUGCCAUCUACCUGCCUCCCAAGGCUGAGAAUGGGAAGUGUCUUCUGUCUUGUACUGGCUCUCAGGUGGUUGUAACAUCGAGGGUAAAGAUGAGAGCUGGGACUUUGGCACAGGGGCUGGUUUCUAUGUCAACGCCACCCAGGAGCCCUGGAAGAGCAACUACCGCAUGUACGCCUACGUCACAGAGAGAAGAUGUCUAUUUCUGGCCACUCCAUGGGGGGGGACACAGAGCCCUGAAAAACCCUGGAAAAUACAAGGCAUGGCAAGCGUAUGAUGUCACGGUGCUGGCAGCAUCCUACUCCGGCCCUCAGCUGGACAUCCUGAUCGACCAGGGCAGUGAUGACCAGUUCCUGUCGGCCAGUCAUUUGCUUCCUGACAACCUGAUCGCCUCCUGCUCAGAGAAGAUCCCUGUGGUGUUCAGGCUGCAGCCGGGCUACGACCAUAGCUACUUCUUCAUCAACGACCACAUUAAGCACCACGCCAAGUUCCUCAACGCUUAAGACCAUGACUGCUGGACCAGAACCCAACCAGGCUUUCUCCUCCCAACUGUGCACCUGCUACUAUUCACCUGUCCGAUACAGAGAGACGUAGGUGCCUGGUGAACUGACAUUAACCUGAUACACCUGGUGAGCUGAAAUGAACACACCUGCUGUGUUGAGUCAAGCUGAGAAAAAGACAAUAGUGAGAGCAGGAUGUUUGUUAAGAGGAGCUUGCUUGCCACCCACGUGGUCACGCCAACUGGAUAAAAAAAAAAAAGUGUUACUCCUUUUGAUUACAUUUGUUUCCAUCUUAUGACCUUAGAUGUCAGUGUGUGAGCCUGAGACCAAUACAAAACAUGUAGACUAAAGACCAAACAUAAGACUGUUUUCUUCAGAUAGUCUUUACUCAAAGUGAUGAGAAAUAUAUACAGUAUUCACAGCAGUUACGGUGACGUUAAAGGGGUGUUUCAUGCAAUCAAAUCCAAAUUGCUGUACAACAAAUACACCAAUUUGACAAAAGGUACAAAAUUGUAUAUGGUACAUCAAAAUGCAAAAAAAACAUACAAAAAAACCCAUCACUUUAAAAUCAAUGUCCUCCCAAUCAUAAGUACAAAACUGAGUACAAGCUUUCAGGACUAUGUACAGAGAAAGGUAGAAAACAACUGCUCAACACUCAGCAGUCAACAGUUACACUGUGGUAAAAACAUUUCUCACAAUGAUAUAGUUCAAAUUAAUUUCAUAUUAUGCCGUACACACAUUUCUAAAUCAAAAUGGAGCUCAGAUUUGUUAGUUGCCAAAACAAAACUAUAAAUACUUAUUUUUAAAGUGCAGAUAAUUUCAGGCCUGUAGGCAGCCACGCAGCCACAUUUAUUGUCAUGAAUCUUGCUCUGCAGGCAGCUCUGCAGUGGUGACUAGCUGGCACAGCCACAAAGUCAUAACAUCAGAUUUGAACCAUAACCACACUGCUAACCCUAAUGCCCAACCAUACAUUUUAAAAAACUAUUUAUUUUUUCAUGACUUUUUUCAAGACAACUUUGACUUUGCAGCUGGCCCAUCUAGCAGAAAUCCUUAAUUCUGUCUCCAGGGCAAGAUUCAUGACAAUAAACAUCAACCUCCCAAAAGGUCAAAGGGAUUGACUGACUAAUCAAUGAAUAGUAAAAUAAUGAUCUCUUUUCAUGUAGUCCCCUUGUUAAGUUUCUAAAAAGGUUUGCAGCGCAUGGCCCAAACCUCCAUAAUGACUAAGUGAAACAAUAAACUACACAGCAACUUUCUCUUAACAAAUAUCCCCGUCACAUUUCCCUUCAGUCUCCACAUCUCUCUGGUCGAUCAUCAAAAUAUUGAAGGAAACGUUAGAACUGGGAGACGGGGAUACUGGUAUUUUUACCCGUUAGUAGUUCUAUUUAGCUAAGUGGAAAGGGAAUUACUUUGAUUAUUAAAGUAAGAUUAAUGUGCAUAUUUUUUUAAUUUUAUUUAUGCAUUGUGAAUUAUAUGAAAUAUAAGCUACAUUAUAUACAGGUAAUUGACAAAAUAAAGGAAACACGUGAGUAAAUGAGGGAUACAAAGUAUAUUGAAAGCAGGUGCUGCGACACAGGUGUGAUUCCUGAGUUAAUUAAGCAAUUAAAACAUCUCAUCCUGCUUAGGGUCAUAUAGAAAAAUUACCAGUUGCCCAUCAUUUUAAGUGUGCGUGUGUGUCAGUCACCAGAUCUCAACUCAAUUGAACACUUAUGGGAGAUCCUGGAGGCGACUGAGACAGCGUUUUCCACCACCAUCAACAAAACACCAAAUUGUGGAAGAAUGGCGUUGCAUCCCUCCAAGAGAUCCAGCCAAGGUGCAUUAAAGUGCAUUGAAGCAGUUUUGGCAGUUAGCUGUACAUAAAUUGUAGUACUGUUGUAAAUAUUAUUACUUUACAUUAUAGCUAUGUUAACGAGAUCACUCCAGAUCCUGAUUCUAAGAGAUUGUUCACUUUGCCUGAGGAGUGUGGCAGCGACUGUUAGUUUAACUAAAAUAUCAAAAACAUACUAUUAAUAAAGUUAGAAAUACUUUCUAAAUACGAAACCCACUUGCACAAACCAUCAUCACUUUACAGCUUCACAUCACCACUUCUCAUAAAAAAAGAUAUUACCAUACUAAAGACAUUAGAUCAUAAGUGGCUCUGAAAAAAAACUGUUUAGUUGUUUUGGCAACUGUCAAAUCUAUCCAGUGAAACAUUGUUUGAUUUUACUGCUAAGCUUAAGCUUUGGAUACCAAGCUGUAGAAAAUGCAUUAUAUCUGUACAAUAAAAAAAAAGACACCACCGCUCACUCACUCACACACACCUAGUAUGCUUAUAUUGGAGUGUUCUGCUGUUUGUGUAGUAGUAGGAUAUUGGGCACUCAAGCACUACUCUUCAGAUGCUGCCAACAGUGUCUCUAAAUCAGUGAAUGCAUUUGUUACUUUGCUGGUCCUACAUGACCACCUGACAUGGUCAGCAUCGCCAGACACUUCGAGGCUAUUUAGCAGUAUAGAAUGUACUAGGACAUACAAACCCAUUCCUUCGCUCUUUUUCAUUCCAUCUAACUCUUUUCUUCUGUCUCUCACGCAUGCAGUCACACAUACACACACACACACGCAAGUAAUACCAUUGACAAAUAAGCAGUCUACGGAAUGGAUCAUAACAGUGUAGUAAGCCCACACCCUCCCCUGAGUUACAUACCCACAGAUUCCAACUCAAAAACACCAGGUUCCCACAAUCAUAGGACAACAUUUCAACCUCUACAGACGAGGUGAGAGACAAAUUCAAAGUAAAACAUACAGUAUACAGAACUAUACCUAAAAUAUAUUAGCUAUUAGAGAAAAAUAUUUAGGGGAUUCUUUUCAAUGGAUACAACUCUCAACCACUUGGCCAUAUUUAUUAUAAAUAUCUUUAAAUAGGGAAGCUUUAGCAGAGAGACCGCUAUG